CGAAAGACGCAUCUCGUCAACCAUUCACCAACCUUUCUACCCGCCCCUCAAAACACAUCCGGCCGUGAGCCUUGUUCGGGCGAGCCCCUUAUUACCAUAUUCGAAAAUGUCUACCGCCAAUGAAGCUGCUUGGCCCUUGGCCGAUGCCGCCCUGACCCAGGAGAUUUUGGAUCUCCUCCAGUCGGCCAUGCACAUCCGUCAGGCCAAGAAGGGUGCCAACGAGGUCACCAAGUCCAUCAACCGUGGCACCUGCGAGCUUGCCGUCCUGGCUGCCGACACCGAGCCCCUCGCCAUCAUCCUCCACAUCCCCCUCAUCUGCGAAGACAAGGGCGUCUCAUAUGUCUACGUCCCCAGCAAGACUCUGCUCGGACGUGCCUGCGGUGUGAGCCGUGCCGUCAUUGCCGCCAGCAUCAGCUCCAACGAGCUGUCUGAGCUUUCCGGCCAGAUCAAGGCUCUCCAGCAGAAGGUCGAGAGACUUGCCAUUUAAGUGUGGCAUCUGCUGAGCCUUGCGGUUGCAUUGGGAGGGGGGAAUUGUGUUUUCGCACGUGUACUUUUGCACAUCUUGUAGUAUGUGUCAAGGGCAUGCGAUUGUAGCACAGUAGUUUAGCAGGAUAGAUGGUCCUGAUGCGCCAAUGACAUUUUCACUUGGGUAAAACCUUGUGUUUUGAAC